AUGAGCGACGCCUACGAAAGAGAAUCACAAAACAACGCCCUCCUCAACUCCCUCGCCCAAAAGACCUCUGCCCUGAAAUCAGUCACGAUCGAUAUUUAUGAUAAUGCACGGAACCACGAGACGAUCGAUAAUACCAAUGAAGUCUUCUCAAACAUGUCCACGAGUCUCCGCGGGAGCGCUUCGAGAUUAACCCGCGCCGCGCGCGCGGGUGACAAAGUCGCUGUUAUGAAGGUUGCGGGGAUUUGUGUUGGGACUGGAGUUGGGCUCUGGGUUGUAUUGGGGUGGAUCUUUUAA